AUGGCUAAUAGUAAUUUAAACUUUGUCAAAAGAAAACGGUCUGCAAAUUGGGAUGCAUUAGAAAAGGAGUUUGUAUCCGUCAUAGAAAAUAAAAACACUGAUACAAAUACUAAUAAAAGUAAGACCAUUGCUUGGCAGAAAGUGAUGAAAAGUUUUAGUGAAUUGAAUAGCCGGGUAAGAGAAUUGGCUGAAGUAAAGCAACAGUGGCGCACAAUGAAACUUGAUGCCAAAAAAAACAUGUCACAAGUAAAGACAUCUAUCAAAUGUACUGGUGGAGGGCCUAAAUCUCUUAGCCCAGACCCGGAAACCAUUGACAUUUUGAGCAUGAUUCCACAGGAAUUUGAGACGGAUUUCAAUGUCUUCGACAGUGACAGCAUAACACAUCCAGAGGUUCAAAGUCAGGAGAAGUCCUCGGUUAAUACAAUAACACAAGAGUAUGUUAUCACUCCAGGAGAUAAUAAUGAUAAUGUGCAAGAGGAUUGUUAG